AUGGAGUACUCUUCAUUCUUCAAGCAAGAAGAGAACCAAACCCUUUCAUUCACCACUUCCAAUAGUGCAAAAAACGAAGAAACCGAAUCUUCUUCAUCGUCGGCCGAUUUCUCCGGAGAAGAAGCUUCUAGAAGAAGGCUAAUCGGAGUAAGAAAGAGGCCAUGGGGAAAAUACGCAGCGGAAAUACGAGAUUCAACUAGGCGUGGGACCCGCGUUUGGCUCGGAACAUUCAAUACCGAGGAAGAGGCCGCCUUGGCGUACGAUCAAGCUGCAUUCGCGAUGCGGGGCCCGUCGAUUCCGCUCAAUUUUCCGUUGGAAAAAGUUGUGGAAUCACUUGAGAAGAUGAACUAUAGCUGCAAAGAGGGUUCUUCACCUGCGAAAGCGCUAAAGGAAUCGAAUAAGAUGAUAAAUUUGUCGACUAAACGAAGAACGAUUGGCGGUAAAAAGAAAAUUAAAAAUACAACUGAGGAGGAAGAUAUUGUGGUUUUUGAGGAUUUAGGAUCUGAUUUGCUGGAUCAACUUCUAUCAGAAUUCAACACCUAGUGAGAGAGAAGCUUUUUCUUUUAUUUAUUUUUUCUAUUUAUUUACUUAUUAUUAAUUUUUAAUCAGUUCUUAUAAACCCUAGAUCUCAUAAACUUCAAACUAUUUUAUAAAUUUGAGCCUAUGUU